AUGGAUACGUUUGGUAAGUUUAAGGUAGCAAAGUUUAGAGAGAAGUUGGCAAGGGUAGAGGACGAGGCACGGGUGCGGGAGGAACGCCAUGUUGCCGAUAUGGAGGACAAAUGGAAGAAGAUGGCAAAUUUGGAGGCCGAACAUGCCAGACAAGCUGCUGCAUUAGCCGAACAAGACGCCUUAUCAGAGCAUUUUGCUGCGUUUAUACGCCCUAAAAUCCUUGCUAAUACUCAUGGCGGAGAUGGGUUUUUGCCUGCUUUAGGAACAUGGUAUGGUGAUCCAAGAGGCGCUGGAAGUGGAGGAGCUUGUGGUUGGGCUGAUGAUGUUAAGUCACCUCCAUUCUCAGCCAUGAUAGCAGCUGGAAAUGCUAAGAUUUAUUUGCAUGGUAAAGGAUGUGGUGAUUGUUAUCAGAUUAAAUGUAAUCGAAGGCCAUAUUGUUCUGGAAAUCCUAUUACUGUGACGAUAACCGACGAAUGCCCAGGGGCAUGUAACGAUGUCCCAUUCCAUUUUGACCUAAGCGGAACUGCUUUUGGUGUGAUGUCAAGUCCGGGCCAAGCUGAUAAUCUUCGUAACCUUGGCCAAGUCGAUAUUCAAUAUCGAAGGGUUCCAUGCAACUACGGUAACACAAAGAUUGCGUUCAAGAUAGUUGCAAAGACAAACCCUUAUUGGUUCGCGACUGCAAUAGAAUUUGUAGAUGGAGUUGGUGAAGUUAAGGUUGUGAAGAUAGCACAAGCGGGUUCAAAAACGUUUGUUCCAAUGUAUAAUAGUUGGGGUGCGGUUUGGGCGGCCAACAUCAACCCACCUUUCCCUGGUCCAUACUCAUUUCUGCUCACGUCUCCAACGAAUAAAACAAUUAUGGCUUACCAAGUGGUUCCAUCAAAUUUUGUUCCCGGACAAACUUACUACUCGCAUGUAAACUUUUACUGA